AUGGCUCUAAGCCCUAUGGAACUGGAGCUGUCACUCAGGCAUAUAGUAAAGUACAUACAACAGUCAGAACUAAAAGAAGAAUUAAAUCAGUUAGAACGCAACCAAACAGUAAAACCUGCAACUCAGGAACAAAUAACAAAAACUUGCAGCAACAAAGGAAUAGCAUUUCACUUCAUCCCUCCUCGUGCACCUCAUUUUGGUGGACUAUGGGAAGCAGCGGUUAAAUCAGCAAAGUACCUAUUGGUCCGAAGUGUUUCAACUGAAACGUUAACGUACGAGGAACUCGAAACCGUCAUUAUAGAAAUAGAAGCUAUUUUAAACUCACGACCUUUAACACCAAUGUCGUCUAAUCCAAAUGAUUUGCAGGCUCUCACACCAGGUCAUUUCUUAGUUGGUGAUGCACUAACAGCACCCGUAGACGCAACAUGUGAAAAGAUGGCGGGCAGAGUACCUAAUGGACUACAGGUUCGAAACAAGUGGCGUAAAGAAUGCAAAAACGUUGAAGAAAAUACACUGGUGAUCCUUAAGGAAGAUAAUGUACAACCUUUGCAAUGGCCUUUAGGGCGAAUAAUGAAGACAUAUAAGGGUAAUGAUGGAUUUAUACGAGUCGUAGAUGUCAAAACCGCAACAGGCAUAUUAAAGCGACCAAUUCACAAACUAGCACCCUUAUUUCCUGAAAACAAACCUAUUAAAACACAGGAGAAUCGCCAUAACAAAGAAAAACGAAUGGACAAUGAAAUAGUCCCAUGA